AGACUCUCAUACACACACCUACAAAUGCUGCUGGAAGCAAGGGGGGGAAGGCUGGCUUGUUGUUAACUGAAGAAUUUCCAUUGACAUCUUUGAAAUUACUAGACUCAAGACUUGCUUGCUGACUUACUGAAUGUACAGUGAGGCAACCAGGAGCUUUAGAGACUGCAACAAUGUCUGAAUUUCUUCUAGCCUUAGUAACAAUAUCAGGAUUAUUCCCUAUUGCUAAGGUGCUGGUGGCUGGUGCUGAUGGAGAGCAACAGUUUUGUGAUCCAGGGGAAUUUCUGUGCCAUGAUAAUGUCACAUGUUUGUCACAGAGCUGGCUGUGUGAUGGAGAGCAGGAUUGUCCAGAUAAUUCAGACGAGUCCCUAGACAUUUGUCAAGAAAAUAUAAUCUUCAAGUGUCCCACAAAUCACAUGGCAUGCAUUGGAACGAAAACAUGUAUCCAUUUCUCCAAGCUUUGUAACAGCGUUUAUGACUGUCCGGAUGGAUACGAUGAAGGAGUCCAUUGUCGAGAAUUAUUACCCUCGUGUCAAAAAAAGAACUGCGAAUAUAAAUGCGGUAUCACGAGAAAUGGCACGGAAUGUUAUUGCCAAGAUGGCUACCAUGUAGGAUCAGACGGCAAAAGCUGCGUAGACACGGAUGAAUGUUCAGAGUAUGGCUCCUGCAGUCAGACAUGUAGAAACACUCCUGGUUCUUACACAUGCAGCUGUAUAGAGGGAUAUUUAAUACAGUCAGACAAUAAGUCGUGCAAGGCGAAAAAUGAACCCGCUGACAGAUCUCCAGUUCUUUUGAUUGCAAACUCUGAAACAAUUGAAGUGCUCGAAGUUAAUGGAGAACCAUCACCCACCAGGAGCUCUUUAAAUGCAAAUGGGAUUUACACAUUGGAUUUUAUUUAUGAAGAAAAUUCUGUCUGCUGGAUUGAAUCCAAAAAACCAUCAUUUCAGCUAAAAUGUUCUAAAAUAACAAAAACAUGGACAUUUACAGAUGAAAGGAUAAUACAUGUUUCUCAAUACCUUCACAAUGUUCAGCAAAUGGCAGUGGAUUGGCUCACAGGAAAUUUUUACUUUGUCGAUCACGGCAGCGACAAAAUAUUUGUAUGUAAUAACAAUGGAACGGUGUGUGUUACUUUGAUAGAUCUCGACCUUCAUAAUCCAAAGGCUAUCGCAGUAGACUCCAUCUCCGGAAAACUUUUUUUCACGGACUAUGGUAAUGUUGCUAAAGUCGAGAGAUGUGACUUGGAUGGAAUGAAUAGGACGAGGAUCAUUCUUUCUAAAAUUGAGCAGCCUACGGCCCUCACUCUGGAUUUAGUUAACAAACUGGUCUACUGGGCCGAUGUGUAUUUGGACUACAUUGAAGUAGCUGAUUAUGAAGGAAGAAACAGACACACUAUAAUACACGGGAAAGAGGUCACUCAAGUGUACAGAUUAUCAUUAUUUGAAAACUACUUAUAUGCAAUCAAUUUGGACAGUGCCAGCAUCUUAAAAAUUAAUAGGUUCAAUAGCACUGAUAUCCAGUCACUGCUAACGCUAGAAAACGCACGCGGUCUCCAUGUUUACCACAAAAGAACUCAACCGACAGUCAGAAGCCAUGCGUGUGAAAUAAACCCAGAUGGGAUGCCAGGGGGGUGUUUGCACAUCUGUCUGCUGGGCUCCAGCUACAAAACACGGACUUGUCGCUGCAAGACUGGCUUCAGCUUGGCAAAUGAUGGACGGUCAUGCAAAAAACCAAAGAGCGAGUUAUUUUUGUUUUACGGGAAAGGGAGGCCGGGAAUUAUCAGAGGGAUGGAUUUAAACAGCAAAAUAUCUGAUGAAUACAUGCUUCCCAUUGAAAACCUCGUAAAUCCAAGAGCUCUGGAUUUCCACGCCGAGUCCAACUACCUUUACUUUGCCGAUACCACCAGCUUUCUUAUUGGGAGGCAGAAAAUUGAUGGAACUGGGAGAGAAACCAUCCUAAAAGAUGAUCUUGAUAAUGUGGAGGGUAUUGCCGUUGACUGGAUUGGUAACAAUUUGUAUUGGACAAAUGAUGGACACAGGAAGACCAUUAACGUGGCACGUCUAGAGAAAGCAUCACAGAGUCGGAAAACCUUAUUAGAGGGAGAAAUGUCACAUCCGCGAGGAAUCGUUGUGGAUCCCGUUAAUGGCUGGAUGUAUUGGACAGAUUGGGAGGAAGACAUGAUAGAUGACAGCGUGGGAAGAAUUGAGAGGGCAUGGAUGAAUGGUUUUAAUAGACAGAUUUUUGUGACAUCAAAGAUGUUAUGGCCAAAUGGGUUAUCACUCGACCAUGAAAACAGCGUGUUGUACUGGUGCGAUGCUUACUACGACCAUAUCGAGAAAAUCUUUCUAAAUGGGACCUUUAGAAAGGUAGUCGGCAGUGGGAAAGAAUUUAAUCACCCUUUUGGACUGUCCCAUCACGGUCAAUACAUUUUUUGGACAGACUAUAUGAAUGGCUUCAUAUACCAGUUGGAUUUGAAUAGUAAAAAUAUCACUCUGCUCAGGCAGGAAAGGCCACCAUUGUUUGGGCUCCAAAUUUAUGAUCCUAAGAAACAACAAGGUGAUAACGCGUGCCGUGUAAACAAUGGAGGCUGCGGUACGCUUUGCUUAGCGAUUCCUGGAGGCAGAGUUUGUGGUUGCGCGGAUAACCAGCAUUUGGAUGGAAACAAUGCAAGUUGUGUGUUUAAUUUUGGAGAAAAGUCACCACAGAUAUGUAACCAGGAGGAAUUCCAGUGCAAAAACCACCAUUGUAUCCAAGUGAACUGGAAGUGCGAUGGAGAAAAUGAUUGUCUGGAUGGGAGUGAUGAAGAUAUGGAAAGCUGUUGGAACCACAGCUGUCCAGGCGAUCAAUUUAAGUGCCAAAGUAACCGCUGUAUUCCCAAGAGAUGGCUUUGUGAUGGAGCAAAUGAUUGUGGAAAUAAUGAAGAUGAAUCAAACGAGACCUGUUCAGCAAGGACAUGCCAGCCUCAUCAGUUCUCCUGCAACAAUGGACGCUGCAUUUCUAAAUCCUGGCUGUGUGAUCAGGAAGAUGACUGUGGAGACAAAUCAGAUGAAAUGGCAUCAUGUGAGCUGCAGACUUGUGAUCCUUCAACUCAUUUUGCUUGUGGAAAUGGCAGAUGUAUUAGCGUCAAAUGGCAAUGCGAUUCAGCCGAUGAUUGUGGUGAUGGUAGCGAUGAGGUCGGCUGUUUAGACUCCUGUUCUGAUAUUCAGUUCAGAUGUGCCAGCGGAAGAUGUAUCCCAGGACACUGGCUUUGUGAUGGCGAUAAUGACUGUGAAGACUUCAGCGAUGAAAUAAAUGCUAACUGUUCUAAGACAGCAUCCCCUGUCUCUGGAGCAUGUGAAGGAAAUCAAUUCCAGUGCCACCCCGAUGGAAAUUGUAUCCCCGAAUUGUGGCUGUGUGAUGGAGAAAAGGAUUGUGAAGAUGGAAGUGAUGAAAGAGGCUGCAAAGGGCCUCUCCGCCAGUGUGAUGCUAAGACAAAAUUUGCGUGCAAAAAUACAGGGAGAUGCAUUAGCAAUGCAUGGGUAUGUGAUGGAGAUAUUGAUUGUGAGGACCAUUCAGAUGAGGAUAAUUGCGAAGGUUAUAUGUGUGGACCACCAAAAUACCCUUGUGCUAACGAUACCUCCAUCUGCCUGCAGCCUGAGAAGCUUUGCAAUGGGAGAAGAGAUUGUCCUGAUGGAUCUGACGAAGGCGAAAUAUGUGAUGAAUGUUCUUUGAAUAACGGAGGCUGUAGCCAUCAGUGCACAGUAGUCCCGGGAAGAGGAAUUGUUUGCUCUUGUCCAUUGGGAAUGCAUUUAAAUGCCGACAACAAGACAUGUGACAUUGUGGAUUACUGCACAAAGCAUUUAAAGUGUAGCCAAGUUUGCGAACAACACAAGCACGUUGUGAAAUGUUCAUGUUACGAAGGAUGGGUAUUAAAUGCGGACGGAGAAACAUGUAGUAAUAUCGAUACAUUUGAACCUUUUAUCAUUUUUUCCAUCCGUCACGAGAUCAGACGAAUCGACCUGCAUAAAAGGGAUUACAGUCUAUUAGUACCUGGAUUAAGAAACACUAUAGCAUUGGACUUCCAUUUCAAUCAAAGUUUACUGUACUGGACUGAUGUUGUUGAGGAUAAAAUAUACAGGGGAAAACUAUCCGAAACUUCUGGUGUAAGUGGAAUUGAAGUAGUUAUUCAACAUGGACUUGCAACGCCCGAAGGGUUAGCAAUUGACUGGAUAGCUGGGAACAUUUACUGGAUAGAUAGUAAUUUGGACCAAAUAGAAGUUGCUAAAUUAGAUGGCAAAAUGAGAGCAACGUUGAUAGCAGGCGGUAUGGAACAUCCCAGGGCAAUUGCUUUGGAUCCUCGUUAUGGGAUACUUUUUUGGACAGACUGGGAUGCCGCCUUUCCGCGAAUUGAGUCGGCUUCAAUGAGUGGAGCUGGUAGAAAGAUCAUUUACAAAGAUAUGGAGAGUGGAGCCUGGCCUAAUGGUCUCACGGUGGAUCAUUUUGAAAGGAGAAUUGUUUGGACUGAUGCCAGAUCUGAUGCUAUAUAUUCAGCACUUUAUGACGGAACAUCUAUGAGGGAAAUCAUAAGAGGCCAUGAAUAUUUAUCGCACCCGUUUGCCGUUUCAUUGUAUGGGAGUGACGUCUAUUGGACAGAUUGGAGGACAAAUACAUUAUCAAAAGCCAACAAGUGGACGGGACACAACGUUAGUGUGAUACAGAAAACCAGCGCACAACCAUUCGACAUACAGAUUUACCACCCGAGCCGUCAGCCACACGCUCCCAAUCCGUGUGCUGCCGAUAAUGGGAGGGGGCCGUGUUCCCAUCUGUGUCUGAUCAAUUUCAACAGGACCGCCGCCUGUGUAUGUCCUCACCUAAUGAAGUUAUCUGCGGACAAAAGGACGUGCCAAGAAAUGAAGAAAUUUCUAGUGUACGCCAGGCGGUCAGAGAUCCGGGGAGUGGACAUCGACAAUCCAUACUUCAAUUUUAUUACCGCUUUUACUGUACCUGACAUUGAUGAUGUUACUGUGGUGGAUUUUGAUGCAGCCGAGGAACGAUUAUAUUGGACUGAUAUAAAGACUCAGACCAUCAAACGAGCCUUCAUAAACGGAACGGGCCUGGAGACGGUUAUUUCAGGAGAUAUCCACAGUAUCCGUGGGCUCGCCGUGGACUGGAUAUCUCGAAAUUUGUACUGGAUUAGUUCGGAAUUUGAUGAAACUCAAAUCAAUGUGGCCAGAUUGGAUGGCUCUCUGAAAACAUCAGUCAUUCACGGGAUUGAUAGAGCUCAAAGUCUAGCAGUUCACCCAGUCAGGGGCAAAAUAUUCUGGAUGGAUGGGAAUAGCAUUAAUAUGGCAAACAUGGAUGGCAGCAACAGCAAAAUUCUGUUUCAGAACCAAAAAGAACCAGUUGGUUUAUCAAUAGACUAUGGAGACGACAAGAUUUAUUGGAUCAGUUCGGGAAAUAGAACCAUUAGUAGAUGCAACUUGGAUGGCAGUAAUUUGGAAGUAAUAGAGUCAUUGAAAGAAGAAUUAACAAAAGUGACAGCAUUAACUAUUGUCGAUAACAGACUUUGGUGGGCUGAUCAGAAUCUUGGCCAAAUCGGGACGUGCAACAAACGAGAUGGAAGAAAUGUCUCCAUUAUGAGAAACAAAACACCAGGAAUUGUACACAUGAAGCUAUAUGAUAAAGAAUCUCAACAAGGAAGCAAUCCAUGUCAGAUAAACAAUGGCGGUUGUUCCCAAUUAUGUUUGCCGACCUCUGAAACGACUCGAACCUGCAUGUGCACUGUUGGCUAUAACCUUAAGAAAAACCGAAUGUCCUGUCAAGGUAUAGAGUCGUUCCUAAUGUACUCGGUCCAUGAAGGUAUCAGAGGGAUUCCCCUUGACCCGAGUGACAGAAUGGAUGCCCUCAUGCCCAUUUCCGGGACAUCAUUUGCUGUCGGGAUAGAUUUUCAUGCAGGGAACGACACAAUCUAUUGGACUGAUAUGGGCUUUAACAAAAUCAGCCGGUCUAGACGAGACCAGACCUGGAAGGAAGAUAUUAUUACGAAUGGUCUGGCAAGAGUUGAAGGAAUAGCAAUUGACUGGAUUGCCGGUAACAUUUAUUGGGCAGAUCAUGGUUUCAAUCUGAUUGAAGUGGCAAGACUUAAUGGUUCAUUCAGAUAUGUUGUAAUAUCUGGCGAUAUCGACCAACCUAGAGCUGUUGCUGUACAUCCUGAAAAAGGGUACCUCUUCUGGACAGAGUGGGGUCAGACUCCUUGCAUAAGCAGAGCCCGCUUAGACGGAUCGGAAAAGACUAUGCUGGUAACCACCGGGAUUGCCUGGCCGAAUGGAAUCUCCGUGGACUACGAGGAAAAUAAAUUAUACUGGUGUGAUGCCCGCACAGACAAGAUAGAAAGAAUUGACCUUGAAAGUGGACGGAAUCGUGAGAUUGUGCUGUCAGGAAGCAAUGUGGAUAUGUUUUCGGUUGUGGUCUUCGGGGCUUACAUUUACUGGUCUGACAGGGCGCAUUCCAAUGGUUCUAUUAGAAGAGGGAACAAAAACGAUGCCACAGAUGCUGUAACAAUGAGGACGGGUCUCGGGAUAAACCUAAAGGAUGUAAAGGUCUUUAACCGAGCCAGAGAGAAAGGUACCAACAUUUGUGCCAAAAAUAACGGUGGAUGUCAACAGAUCUGCUUAUACCGUGGGAAUAUGCAAAGGACGUGUGCUUGCGCGCAUGGAUAUCUUUCAAAGAAUGGAGUUGCUUGCUUAAAACACGAUGGCUACUUGCUCUACUCGGGGAGAACCAUAUUAAAAAGCAUUCAUCUUUCGGAUGAAACGAAUCUCAACUCGCCUGUGCAACCGUACGAAAAUCCGGAAUAUUUUAAAAAUGUGAUAUCUUUGGCGUUUGACUACAAAUCCAAUGGAAAAGGCAACAAUCGGAUCUUCUACAGCGACGCUCAUUUUGGAAACAUCCAGUCGAUCGAAGAUGACUGGACCGGGAGAAAAGUCAUCGUAGAAAAUGUAGGCUCAGUGGAAGGUCUGGCAUAUCACAAAGCCUGGGAUACUUUAUACUGGACAAGUUCUACAACAUCAUCCAUCACGCGCCAUACCGUGGACCAGAGUCGGAGAGGUGCUUUCAAUAGGGAAGCUGUGAUUACCAUGUCUGAAGAUGACCACCCUCACGUUCUGGCACUUGACGGAUGCCAAAAUUUAAUGUUUUGGACUAACUGGAACGAACAGCAUCCAAGUAUCAUGAGGUCCACGCUUUCGGGAAAGAAUGCCCGAGUUAUUGUAAGCACAGACAUCGUCACGCCAAACGGACUCACUAUCGAUCACACCGCACAAAAGCUUUAUUACUCCGACGGAACCUUGGGGAAAAUAGAGAGGUGCGAGUAUGAUGGAUCGCAAAGAUAUGUGAUCGUUAGGUCUGGACCAGGUACCUUCUUGAGCCUUGCCGUCCACGAUGACUAUAUAUUUUGGUCGGAUUGGGUAAGAAGAGCCAUUCUUCGCUCAAACAAAUACACGGGGGGCGAAACUAAGGUUCUUCGCUCCGACAUACCACAUCAGCCCAUGGGCAUCAUAGCUGUUGCCAAUGACACCAACAAGUGUGACUCCUCACCUUGCUCUUAUAUGAAUGGAGGGUGUCAGGACCUCUGCCUGCUUACUCCAGAUGGCCGUGUGAACUGUUCCUGCAGAGGAGAUCGAAUAUUGUUAGAUGACAACAGAUGUGUGACAAGAAAUUCAUCUUGCAAUAUGUUUUCUGAAUUUGAGUGCGGAAACGGAGAAUGCGUCGAGUAUGAAAAAACCUGCGAUGGGAUAGCUCACUGCAAGGACCGGUCGGACGAGAAGCAAUCCUAUUGCGAAAACAGAAGAUGCUGGAAAGGGUUCAGGCUCUGUAGCAAUCGGCGCUGCGUCUCCAACGAUAAAGUAUGCAACGACGAAGAUGAUUGUGGUGACAACACAGACGAACAAGACUGCAAAAUCUCAACGUGUGCAACCACCGACUUUCGCUGCACCGACGGGGCCUGUAUCUCCAAGGCAGCACAGUGCAACCAAAUGAUUGAUUGCUCCGACGCUUCGGAUGAAAAGAACUGCAACAACACUGACUGCUCUCAUUACUUCAAACUUGGCGUAAAAGACUCAGGAUUUAUAAGAUGCAAUUCCACCUCCCUGUGCAUUCUGCCAGAAUGGGUAUGUGACGGAUCAAACGACUGCGGGGACUAUAGUGAUGAAUUAAAAUGCCCAGCAAAACGCAAGAACAACUGUGAAGAGAACUACUUUGGAUGCCGUAACGGAAAAUGUAUUUUAAACACUUGGGUAUGCGAUGGACAAAAAGACUGUGAAGAUGGCACUGAUGAAUCCCAUUGCGAUACCUCCUGUUCCUGGAGCGAAUUUGCUUGUUCUAAAAAUAAGUGCAUAUCGAAGCAUUGGUUGUGCGAUGGAGAAGACGAUUGUGGGGAUGGUUCUGAUGAAAGCGACGAAGUUUGUGGUUCUGUAACCUGUUCUUCUGAGAUGUUUAGUUGUCCCGGCUCUCAUGCCUGCGUUUCGUCCCAUUGGCUUUGCGAUGGAGAAAGAGAUUGUCCGAAUGGAAGUGAUGAACUUUCAACUGCUGGCUGUGCUCCUGUUACUACCUGUGAUGAAAACGCUUUUAUGUGCCGCAACAAAGUCUGCAUCCCUAAACGGUUUGUGUGCGAUCACGAUGAUGACUGUGGAGAUGGCUCCGACGAAUCUCCGGAAUGUGGUUAUCGGCAGUGCGGCCCUAAUGAAUUUAGCUGUGCUGAUGGCCGGUGCUUACUGAAUUCUCAGUGGCAAUGUGAUGGAGACUUUGACUGUCCGGAUCACUCUGAUGAAGCACCUCUGAAUAAAAGAUGUUUGAAUUCAGAACAGUCAUGCAACAAUUCCUCUUUUAUGUGCAAAAACGGAAAGUGUGUUCAGGAAGGAGUCCUUUGCGACGCCACCGAUGACUGUGGAGACGGAUCUGAUGAGAGAGGCUGCAAUUUAAAUGAAUGUUUAAGUAAAAAAGUCAGUGGCUGUUCCCAAGACUGUCAAGAUCUCCCGGUUGGAUACAAGUGCAAAUGUUGGCCUGGAUUUCGAUUGAAGAAUGACGGGAAAACAUGCUUAGACAUUGAUGAAUGCUUAUCUGGUUUUCCCUGUAGCCAGCUAUGCAUCAAUACCUACGGUACCUACAAGUGCUUAUGUACAGAAGGGUAUGAAUCACAUCCAGACAAUCCAAACGGCUGCAAAUCUCUUUCAGCGGAGGACCCAUUCCUGCUCCUUGCUGAUCAUCACGAAAUAAGAAGAAUUAGCACUGACGGAUCCAACUACACAAUGUUGAAACAGGGAUUAAACAAUGCAAUUGCAAUAGACUUUGAUUAUAGAGAAGAGGUUGUUUAUUGGAUAGAUCUGAGCAGGUCGAAUGGAAGUCGUGUGAACAGAAUGUCCGUGAAUGGAAGUGACGUAAAGGUUGUGCACAAUACAGCCAUACCUAAUGCUUUAGCCGUGGAUUGGAUUGGAAAGAACCUUUAUUGGUUUGACACGGAGAAGAGGAUUAUCGAAGUCUCUAAGCUCAGUGGCUUAUACCCUACUACCCUGGUUAGCAAAACGAUAAAGUUUGCUCGAGACUUGGCCCUGGACCCACAGGCUAGGUAUUUGUACUGGAUUGACUGCUGUGAAUAUCCACACAUUGGCCGCGUUGGUAUGGAUGGCACCAAUCAAAGCGUUGUCAUAGAAACAAUGAUUUCUAGACCCACGGCGCUAACAAUAGAUUAUGUCAACAAAAGAAUCUACUGGGCCGAUGAAAAUCAUAUCGAAUUUUCCGACAUGAAUGGAUCCAAUAGGCACAAAGUGCCUAAUCUAGAUAUUCAAGGGGUGAUUGCGCUAACAUUGUUCGAAGACUUCAUCUACUGGACAGACGGAAAAACGAAGUCGCUUAACCGUGCCCAUAAAACCUCCGGAGCGGACAAAGCGUUGCUCAUUAACUCUUGGCAUGCCAUAGCAGACAUCGAAGUGUAUCACGUGUACAGACAACCCGAUGUGCCUGAUCAUCCUUGUAAAAUUAACAAUGGGGGCUGCAGUCACUUAUGCCUGUUAUCUCCGCAAAAGUCCCACACCUGUGCCUGCCCGAGUAAUUUCUACCUGGCAGAAGAUAAUAACACGUGCUUAUCCAACUGCACUGCCAGCCAGUUUCGCUGUAAUACUGAUAAAUGCAUUCCGUUUUGGUGGAAAUGUGACACGGUCGAUGAUUGCGGAGAUGGGUCCGACGAACCUUCUGACUGCCCUGAAUUCAAGUGUCAGCCCGGGAGAUUUCAGUGUGGAAGUGGACUUUGUGCUCUUCCAGCGUUCAUCUGUGAUGGAGAAAAUGAUUGUGGAGACAACUCCGAUGAACUCAACUGUGACUCCUACGUGUGUCUGUCGGGUCAGUUUAAAUGCACCAGGAAACAGAAAUGUAUCCCGUUAAAUCUACGAUGCAACGGACACGAUGACUGCGGAGACGAAGAAGACGAGAUUGAUUGCCCUGAAAAUAGCUGUUCCCCAGAUCAUUUCCAGUGUAAAUCUACAAGGCAUUGCAUAUCCAAACUAUGGGUGUGUGACGAGGAUGCAGACUGUGCAGAUGGAUCAGACGAAGCCAACUGCGACAAAAAGACCUGCGGCCCCCAUGAGUUUCAGUGCAAAAAUAAAAACUGUAUCCCCGACCACUGGAGAUGUGAUGGACAGAAUGACUGUGGAGAUAAUUCUGAUGAAGAAACCUGCAAACCGCAGACGUGUGCAUUAAAAGAACUCCUGUGUGCCAACGGCGACUGCAUUUCAGCAAGAUUUUGGUGUGAUGGAGAAUAUGAUUGUCCAGACGGAUCAGAUGAGAGAAACUGUGAAACCGGGUGCACGAAAGACCAAUUUCAGUGCGUUACCGGACAGUGCAUUUCAGCUUCGUGGAAGUGUGACGGUCACGAAGACUGUAAAUAUGGAGACGAUGAGAAGAAUUGUGAACCAGCAUCCCAGACAUGUUCUUCCAGCGAGUACGUCUGCGAGAGCGGUGGGUGCGUCGCUGCAUAUUUGAGAUGUAACGGGGAAUAUGACUGCGCUGACGGUUCGGACGAGGUUAAUUGCGUGACGGAAUGCAACGAAAACCAGUUCCAAUGCAGAAACAAAGCGUUUUGUGUACCCGUCAGGUGGCUUUGUGAUGGGGUUUAUGAUUGUGUGGAUGGCAGUGAUGAAGACAAUUGUGAUCGAGGGGCAGAAAUUUGCAGAUCGGACGAGUUCCUGUGUAAUAACACACUUUGUAAGCUGCACUUAUGGCUUUGUGACGGGGAAGACGACUGCGGGGAUAACUCCGAUGAAGUGCCUGAAAUGUGUGAACAAUUUCUAUGCCCACCAACAAGGCCUUUCAGAUGUCACAACGACCGCGUGUGCCUACGAGCCGAACAGGUCUGCAACGGCUUGGAUGAUUGCGGCGAUAGCUCGGACGAAGCUCACUGCGAAGAAAGACAGAAGAUGAUACCGUGCAAAAAGGACGAGUUCACAUGCAGUAAUAAGAAGUGCAUAGGACCGGACCUCCAGUGCGAUCAGUUUGACGACUGCGGAGAUAAGAGCGACGAAAAAGACUGCAAAAUAGAGUCAAGUGAAUACUUUUGCGACGGAGAAGUAAAUCCUUGCGGAGACGAUGCCUACUGCGACCAUACUAAUAAACCUUCUUUUUGCCGCUGCAAGAGUGGAUUCCAGAGAAACCUAAAAAGCAAACAAUGCGAAGAUAUUAAUGAGUGCUUAAAAAUAGGUAGCUGUUCUCACCGCUGCACUAAUUUAAAAGGGUCCUACAAAUGUUCAUGUGACAGAAAUUUCUUGGAAAGGAAUCACAGCUGCAUCGCUAAAGAUUCAGAAGAUCAAGUGCUUUAUGUGGCUAACGACACAGAGGUCCUCGCUUUUAGACACCCGUUCAGCUAUAAUGCAGGGCAUCAGCAAAUUUCUCGGAUAGCCUUUAACUCAAGAAUAACAGGAAUGGAUACAUAUCUACAAGGAAAUAUGAUAAUAUGGAGUACUCAGUUUAAUCCUGGGGGCAUUUUUUACAACACUUUCCAUGGAAGAGGAGGAAAAGAAACUAAAAGUGGUUUAAUUUGUCCUGAGUUCAAAAGACCCCGUGAUAUUGCAGUCGACUGGGUUGCAGGAAACAUCUACUGGACAGAUCAUUCCCGUAUGCAUUGGGUCAGUUAUUAUACUACCCACUGGACUAGCCUGAGAUAUUCUAUUAACGUGGGACAAAUCAAUGGGCCUAACUGCACGCGCCUCUUAACCAACAUAGCAGGGGAACCGUACGCUAUUGCAGUCAAUCCCAAAAAAGGAAUGAUGUAUUGGACAGUCAUCGGGGAUCAUUCUCAUAUUGAGGAGGCAGCCAUGGAUGGCUCUUUAAGAAGGAUACUAGUGCAGAAGAACCUUCAAAGACCGACAGGUCUCGUUGUUGACCAUUUCGGGCAGCGUUUAUACUGGGCAGAUUUUGAACUAUCCAUCAUUGGAACAGUUAAUCUCGAUGGCUCCGGAUUAGCUAUUGUGGUUACUAGUAAACAAGGUCUUCUGUACCCUCACAGAAUUGAUAUAUUUGAGGAUUAUAUCUACGGAGCAGGGCUUAAAAACGGUGCAUUUAGAAUUCAGAAAUUUGGGAACGGUGAAAUGGAAUAUCUCAACUUAAAUGUUGAAAAGACGAAAAGUGUACUAAUAUCACAUCAUUAUAAACAACCAAACCUGCCCAACCCAUGUCUGGAUUCAAGGUGCGAUUUCAUCUGCUUGUUAAAUCCCACUGGGACAUCAUGUGUUUGUCCAGAAGGAAAGAUUCUUGUAAACGGCACUUGCGCCGAUAAUAGCUUUACAGAUGACUCGUGUAAACUGAGCUGCGGAAAUGGAGGAAGAUGCAUAGUAAACGAGAAAGGUGAUCGCAGAUGCCACUGCUGGCCGAAUUACUCCGGAGAAAGAUGUGAAAUUAACCAUUGCCAUGAUUACUGCCUUCAUGGGGGAACCUGUACAGCAUCUGUACUUGGUAAACCGACAUGCAGCUGUACGGUGGGAUAUUCCGGACCCAACUGCGGACGUAAAGUUUGCGACACGAUUUGUGAGAACGGCGGCACGUGCAGCGUAUCUGCUGGCAAUCAACCUUCCUGCCGAUGCCUUCCUGACUAUACGGGGGACCGAUGUCAAUACCAUGUGUGUCACCACUACUGCGUACACUCAGAGUCCUGCUCCAUAUCCAACGAUGGAAAUGUUGAGUGCGUCUGUCCUAUGAGAUAUGAAGGGUCAAAAUGUGAAGUUGACAAAUGCCUAAGAUGUCGAGGAGGCCAAUGUAUCAUCAACAAGAACAGUUAUGAUAUUGCGUGCAACUGUACUAACGGAAAAAUCGCCUCUAGCUGUCAGUUGUGUGACGGCUACUGUUAUAAUGGGGGCACGUGUCAGCUGGACCCCGAGACCAAUAUACCUGCCUGCGUAUGUUCAGCCAACUGGUCAGGAAAGCAAUGCGAGAGGCCAGCUCCCAAGAGCAGCAAGUCUGACAACGCUAGCACGAGGAGUAUUGCAAUUAUUGUUCCAUUAGUUUUAUUGGUGACCCUGAUCACUACAUUAGUAAUUGGGCUCCUGCUAUGUAAAAGGAGAAGACGGACAAAAACAAUACGAAGGCAACCCAUAAUAAAUGGAGGCAUGAAUGUAGAAAUCGGAAACCCAUCUUAUAACAUGUAUGAGGUGGACCACGACCACAAUGACGGAACACUCUUAGACCCAAAUUUCAUCAUUGAGUUGGAUAAGUCCAGGUUCUUGGGGGGUGGGCCUGCAGCAUUCAAAAUUGCCCACACGGCACCGCCAAUCUACAUAAAUUCAGAUCUGAAAGGACCACUAGCUCCUGGGCCCACGAACUACUCAAAUCCCGUGUAUGCAAAACUGUUUGUAGACGGCCACAAUUGUCGGAACUCUUUGAUCAGCAUCGAAGAAAGAAAAGAACUUCUUCCAAAGAAAAUAGAAAAUGUGAUCAGAGAGACUGUGGCUUAAUCUCUACUAUUCCGUUACCUUUUAUACUCUGUAUAAAUGUAUAAAAUAUGAUUACUUUUCUAUGUACCAACAGUAUUAUAAUUGUUUCGUCAUCAGCAUUACCUCUUUUUUUUAUUAUUUCUUUUUUUUUUUUUUGUUCUGCUGAUGACUAUAGACCGACCAUUUGUAUGGUAUUUUUAUGAAGAAUAAACUGCACUACAGUUAAAUUUAAACUACAAUGCUGCUCAAACACCAUUUUAUUUCUUAAAACUGAAGGCAACGCUAUUUCUUUGUAGUGUGAAAUGAGAAAUCCAUUUUAUAUGAACUUUUUUUAGGUUCAAUUUUGUCUUUUCACGAAAUGAUUCCGAAUGAUUGUGACUUGUUAUAGAUUGGAUUAAAACUUUAAUAUUAUGCAUUCAGAAUAUUUAGUAUACGCCAAUUGAAGUUUACUGUUGGCCAUCUGAUGUCACAAUAAACAUACAGUACGGUUUAUAAAUGAUAUUUCUUCUCAAUGGAUAAAACAUUUUGCAAUUAAUGUUGGUUCUGAUAUAAAAUGAAAACAAUUAAAGGGUUAUAGAUUUGUAUAGCUAGAGCUGUUUACAUCUGAACCUCAACUUUUGGGACCGUAUGGAUUAAACUUAAAAUAUAUAUAUAUGCAUUUUAUCGCUUAGGUGUUGGAGUAACAGUAUUAAUUUUAUAUUAAAUAUUUCAAUUUCAUGUUUAUACGUCAUUAAGAAUUUUGUUUGGAACUCAUGCAUCACAUCUGUCAAAAAAUAUCCGACAAGAUCCACUACCUACCGUUUUUUAAAAAUUUUAUCAAAAUGUAUAAAGUCUGUCAAACACU